UGUAAUUGCGUCGUUGGUGUUGGUUUCGUCCUUUUGGAAUCGGCUUGGAGAAACUCUACAUUGCCGUCAUUGUUCAGUUUCGUCCUUUCGGAAUCACCUUGGAGUAAAUUCUACGUUUCUGUUGUCAUUCAGUACAAUUGCAUUGUUGGUGUUGGUUUUGCCCUUUUGGAAUCAGCUUGGAGAAACUCUACUGCAAUUGUGUCAUUGGUAUCAGUUUCAUUCUUUCAGAAUCACCUUGAAGUAAAUUCUACGUUUUUGUUGUUGUUCAGUAAAUUCUAUGUUUUCAUCAUCAUUCAGUGCAAUUGCGUCAUUGGUGUCAAUUUCGUCCUUUCAGAAUCACCUUGGAGUAAAUUCUACAUUUCCAUUGUCAUUCAG